AUGGCCCUGGGGUCUUCUGGAUCUUAGGGAGCUCUGGGGUCUUCAGGAUGCUCUGGGUCUUCUGGAGCCCUGGGAUCUUCGGGAUCUUCUGGAGCCCUGGGAUCUUCUGGAUCUUCAGGAGGGCUUGGGUCUUCUGGAUCUUCUGGAACUCUGGGGUCUUCUGGAUGUUCUGGAUCUUCAGGAGCCCUGGGAUCUUCUGGUUGUUCUGGACCUUCAGGAGCCCUGGGCUCUUCUAAUGUAUCAGAAUGUUCUGGAGCUCUGGGGUCUUCUGGAGCCCUUGGGUCCUCUGGAUCUUCCGGAGCUCUGGGUUCUUCUGGAUGUUCAGGAUCUUCAGGAGCCUUGGGAUCCUCAGGAUGUUUAGGAUCUUCUGGAGUCCUGAGAUCUUCUGGAUCUUCAGGAACUCUAGGAUCUUCAGGAUCUUCUGGUGCCCUGGGGUCUUCUGGGUCUUUAGGAGCUCUUGGGUCUUCAGGAUGUUCGGGGUCUUCUAGAGCUCUAGGAUCUUUUGGAUGUUCUGGGUCUUCUGUAGCCCUAGGAUCUUCUGGAUAUUCAGGGUCUUCCGGAGCCCUGGAGUCUUCAGGAUGUUCUGGACCCUCAGGAGCCCUGGGAUCUUCAGGAUGUUCAGGAUCUUCAGGAGCCCUGGGAUCUUCUGGAUCGGCUGGUAUUAAUGGUUCUUCAUGGUCUUCUGGAGCCCUAGGAUCUUCUGGAUGUUCAGGGUCUUCUGGAGCCCUGGGGUUUUCAGGAUGUUCUGGACCCUCAGGAGCCUUGGGAUCUUCUGGGUCUUCCAGGGCCCUGGGGUCUUCAGGAUGUUCUGGACCCUCAGGAGCCCUGGGAUUUUCUGGGUCUUCUGGAUCUUUGGGAUCUUCUGGUGCUCUAGGAUCUUCUGGAUGUUCAGGGUUUUCUGGAGCCCUGGGAUCUUCUGGUGCUCUAGGAUCUUCUGGAUGUUCUGGGUCUUCUGGAGCUCUAGGGUCUUCUGGUUCUACUAACUCGUCAGGUUUGAUGUGUAUGUUGAUUUCCAGCAGACCUUUAUUAUUUUCCCUGACUUUACUGACAUCUAUAGCGUGUCCUUGUACAUUGGCCUAA